AUGUCAUUAAAACGUAUUAACAAAGAAUUAUCUGACUUAGGAAGAGAUCCACCAUCAUCAUGUUCAGCCGGUCCAGUUGGAGAUGACUUAUACCACUGGCAAGCAUCUAUCAUGGGACCACCAGACUCUCCAUACGCUGGUGGGGUAUUUUUCUUGAGUAUCCAUUUCCCAACAGAUUAUCCUUUUAAACCACCAAAGAUUGCUUUUACAACAAAAAUCUAUCAUCCAAAUAUUAAUAGUAAUGGUAACAUCUGUUUAGAUAUCUUAAAGGAUCAAUGGUCACCUGCAUUAACAAUUUCCAAAGUGUUAUUGUCUAUUUGUUCAUUAUUAACUGAUGCCAACCCAGACGAUCCAUUAGUGCCAGAAAUCGCUCACAUUUAUAAACAAGAUAGAAAGAAGUAUGAAGCUACUGCCAAAGAAUGGACUAAGAAAUAUGCUGUUUGA